AUGAGAUCCUCUUUCCUCACUCUGGUGGCCCUCACAGGCCACCACACCCUGACCCACGCCGCCGACAUCUCCAACCUCGCCUCCACCCUCCAAACCCUCUCCACCAGCAUCUUCCCCCCCCUCCAAUCAAUCGCCACCUCCGUCUGGUCGCACCCCGAGAUCGGCCUCGACGAACACUACGCUCACGACCUCGUCAUCGACUAUUUCACCAACACCCUGCCCAAUGUCUGGGAUACCAUUACCCCGCAAGCGUUUGGGCUUGAUACGGCCUGGAGGUUGGAGUUUUCCACGCCCUCGUCUACCUCUUCGGGGGAUGGCGACCUCCCGGUGAUAGGGUUCCUAGCCGAGUAUGAUGCUCUGGUUGGCAUCGGCCACGCCUGUGGUCACAACCAGAUCCUUCUCACAGCCCUGACCGCCGCCAGCCUAACCCGCCAGGCGCUGCUAGACUUGGGCAUCCCGGGUCGCGUGGUAGUUCUCGGCACACCAGACGAGGAGAACGCCGCAGGCAAGUGUCUGUUGCGCAGCCAGUCCGGGGGCGCGGCGUAUGAAGGCGUGGAUGUGUGGAUGAUGGCGCAUCCGACGAAUGCGAAUGCGGUGCAGCCGAUGAAUGCGCGGGUGAAUGCGAUUACCGAUUUUCGGGGGGCGAGUCAUGAAGAGGCGGUUCGGAGGGCGUAUGGGGCGAUGGUGGCUGUGAGGGAUUUGGUUACCCAGGGUGGAUUGCCGGGGACGUCGUCGUCGGUGGUGGCUGUUGAGGAGGUGGGGAUGUUUGAGUGUAAUAUCGUGCAGGGGCAGAUCUCGCUGGGGAUUCGAGGGGUGGAGUUGGAUGUGGUGAAGCAGACGGUGGACGGGCUUUUGGGGGGUGAUGAUGGGACGUACCCUGGGGUGUCGUUCACGGCGGUCGCGGAUAAGGAUGGUAAGGGAGUGAAUGUCACGGCGUUGGGGCCGGGCGGGCACGCGUCGGAGAGUACGAAGGGCCCAUUGGUGUUGACGGUUGAGACGUUCCGGGCGUUGAGCGGGCAGGAUGGCGUGGAGUUUUAUUUGCCGGGGAAUACUACGCUGGCAGAGCUCGGGGUGGUGUUUGAUAUACGCUCGCGGUAUACUCAGGACCUGGAUCUUGUGCUGGAGACUGUCGAGGCCGCCAUCAAGGGCUCAUCAGGAGGUGAUAGUGCCGACAUCACCAUCACAACCGACACGGUCUACCCCGCCCUCGAAGUCACCCCGUUUCUCCCAGAUCUCUUCACCUCGCUGCUCGCAACCCCGGAGUACGGCUCGCAGACCGACUUCCCCAUCUCGACCUUUGCCCCGGCCUCCACCGACGCCGGGUGUGUCCAGCAGGCCGUCGUUGACCCGGACUCGCGUAAGCUCGUCGGGUCCGAGAAGGUCGUGUUCCACCCCAACUAUAACAUCUGCGAUGCGGCCAACAGCGGCGGAAAGUGCGCGUUCAACCAUGAGCCCGGGUUUGCCACGGCGGCCGGCACGGACUAUGCGUACCAGCGGACCGAGGUGAUUGCGAGGGCAUUGGCGGAUGUGGCCGUCAGGUUGUUGAAUGACCCGGCCGUGAUGGCCAAUGCAACGGCAAUUUUGGCGUAA